UGUACUCUAGCUGCAUCUGAGUGCAAAUCGCGUCCUUUCCAAUUCAAGAUAGCUUGGCUUGCUGAUAAUCACGGAACGAUUACCGCACUUGUUCCGAAUGAAGUUAUCAUAAGGCUUCUAUCUCGCCAAUAUAACUCAGAAUUGCUUGGCAAUUCGAAUCUUCCACAAACUGCCAUGUCCUGCAGCGCGCGCCUCCUCUUAACCAUCGCGAUCAUCUUUCUCGUACUACCAAAUGUCGCUGCCUUCGGCGCCGGAGACAUCCCAGACUUCUCGUACCUCCAUGAAAAGGCAUUUCGCCAUGGAGAUAUUGAGGGUAUCCUGGAGAACCUGCUUAAAUCUGUGGGGACUGGAGGUGGUAUCCUGGGUUUUGCCAAGUCGGUUAUGAACUCUGAAGGACCCAAAUUUAAGAAGAGUGAUAUCCAAAAGGUGUACUUUGGAAAUUGGCUAAGGGACUAUUCCCAAGCGAUGGAUAUCGCUGGUCUGAGCAAGCUCAGCGCCGAUACGUUGGUUCUCGUUGUCGCUGUCCUUGGAUUUAUGACUUUUGGAUAUGCCACUGAGGAAUACGAGCUCACGCCUCAACGUCUGGGCGUAUACCUCCCCGUCGAGCACAUUGAUAACCCCAAGGGAUAUGCUGAGAAUGAGGGAGAUGCACGUCAAUUCCAUCCAGCCCUUCGGCCACCUGUGGAUCCCCGAGAACUCGAGAUCGAUGAGCGCACGGGGAUGAAGAACUACAUGGCCACAGAGGAUCAGGAAUGGGACUCUUCGACUGCACAUAUCCGAAGGACAUUCACAGCAUGCAUCGAGUACGGCUGUCGUGCAGGGGGGGAGGAUGGACCUGAUCUAUGGGAAGCGUACCGCCUCCUUGGCACUGGCCUCCACACGAUGGAAGACCUCCUUGCCCAUAGCAACUGGUGCGAGAUCGCACUCCGUAAGAUGGGCUAUGAGGACGUAUUUUGUCACGUCGGUGAGAAUAUCUGCGUUUGUGUCCCCGAGACAGGCGAGAGAGUUCCUCCGCUUGUUACCGGGACGUUUGGCAGUGCGGACUUCAUGCACUCGAUGCUCGGCGAAGCGACAGACCAUCUUAGCCAGGCGAGUGUCACAGCCUUGAAUGACAAGAUGUCGGAGUCGCAGGACAGUGAUGUCACGGAGAAAUUGGAGAGGUUGAAGAAGGUAAUGAGCCUAGUUGGUAGUGGGGAUGACGAUUUGAGUCAUGGAGAAGAGCUUCAAGCUCAAUCUCAAGCAUAUCAAUUCGAUCCGGAUAACGUUGCGCCACCCGAAGUGCAGCAGCAGUUGUUGGAUCUCCUGCGCUGGAGGGAUAAUCUUUAUAAGAAGAUCAGCAGUGUCAUUGAGACAAUGGGUCUGGAUGAGGUAUUGGACGAGAUGAGCACUGCGCUUACUGCCUAUGUAUACACUGUCAUCGCUCCGUGGCUUACACCCAUACUAUCUCAAGUCACAACCGUACUCGGGGAAGGAAGUAAAGCCGUCAUUGAUUCGGACGAUCAAUAUGAGGUCUUCAACAACCCGGACGCCUCUGAUCCCUCGCACAGUAUCUUGUCAAAAGAUCAUUUCGGGCUGAUCCUUAAUGAACCGGCGGGAAAAAUCGCGCAGGUCGUGGUUGUGCAUAGCGUGGAGCUCAUUGUCCAGGCAUGGUCGGACGAGAGCGAUCCAAACGAUGUCAUCGACAAAAUACUUGAGGCUUUCCAUCAUCCAUAUUAUGCGAACGAGAGAAGCCAGAUUCAGAGUCAAAUGUUUGAUGAGCUGCGACGAUGGGUAGAUGGGUUGGAGGAUGUGGCUGCCACAAUGAAUCUGUUAACGAAGGAGAGCGUCCAAGAAGGACUUAACAGGAGAGAGGGCGAUGAGAGCGUUGAGCCAGGGUAUGGUGGCAGCCGUGGUGGUGGGUACGAAAAUCGAGGUAGGUAUGGUGGAGUCGAGUACGAAGAUCAAGGCCCAAUACAAGAACGGGAGGUCGAGUACGGAGCCGGAGAGGAAGAAAGGGAAAGCUGGCGAUAUUCCGAAGACAGUAGAGAGGAAGAAAGGGCGAGUGAGCCCAGAGAAUCCGACAACGAGGAGGAUUACAGAAGUGCAAAUGAAGACGAGGAUGAUUACGGCCGCCGCUCUGGGGGGUAUGAAGACGAGUCAAAUUAUUAACACCGUAGUCAUGGUAUUGAAUGUAUUGUAAGACGCUUGUAUAGGAAUAAAUUUUGGGUGACCAUUGAAGCAA